GCAACAGACAAAGAGGGGGGGGCUCUCUGACGGCCAGAGGUGAGAUAGAAAAGGUAUCGGCGCUCAUCACAUGACCCUCCUGCUUUUAGCAUCCCUGCGUUGAGGUUUUGGGAGCAUUUUACUAAACAGCCCGCUUUCUCUCGGAGGACGUCUGACGGACUGAACGGGAUUCGACAUGUCCGACAUAGUUCCACCAGAGGUUAGACCCAAGCCAGCCGUUCCUGCCAAGCCCCCGAACGUAGGGGCUCCCUCCCCUUCUAGUCCCUUUCCCCCCCAGGGCCCAAGUGUCGGAGCGGGCGGCGUUACUGCUCCUCCAAGUGCUAUUCCAGUUCCCAUCGGCGGUCACGGUGCAAACCUUGCUGGCAUUCACGGUCACAGUGUGGGCCACAGCGGCGUUCAUGCCGGGGGUCAUGCUCCAGCUCACAGCGGGGGUCAAGGUCACGGAGGCUCUCACAGCUCCAGCGGGGGCUCCGCUCUGCUUGGCUACAUUGGCAUCGACACCAUCAUUGAACAGAUGCGAAAGAAGACCAUGAAGACUGGCUUUGACUUCAACAUCAUGGUUGUUGGUCACAGUGGGCUCGGCAAGUCCACCCUGGUGAACACUUUAUUCAAGUCCCAGGUGAGCAGGAAGAGUGCAGGAUGGUCUCGUGAUGAGAAGAUCCCCAAAACCGUAGAGAUCAAGUCAGUGUCUCAUGUGAUUGAAGAGGGUGGGGUCAAGAUGAAGCUGACAGUUGUUGACACUCCUGGCUUUGGAGACCAAAUAAACAACGACAACUGCUGGGAACCCAUCUCUAAGUACAUCAAUGAACAGUUUGAGAAGUUCCUGAAAGAAGAGGUGAACAUCACCAGGAAGAAGCGAAUCCCUGACACCAGAGUACACUGCUGCCUCUACUUUAUUCCCCCGACUGGCCACUCUCUUCGACAGCUGGAUGUGGAGUUCAUGAAGCGUUUGAGUCACUCGGUGAACAUCAUUCCUGUGAUCGCAAAGUCUGACACAAUGACCAUCGAGGAGAGACAAGAGUUCAAACAGCGGGUUAGGAAGGAGCUGGAAAUGAACGGGAUCGAGUUUUACCCACAGAAAGAGUUUGAUGACGACAUCGAGGACAAGAGUGACAACGACAAGAUCAGAGAAACGAUGCCCUUUGCUGUGGUUGGAAGUGAUAAAGAAUACCAAGUGAAUGGUAAACGAGUCCUGGGGAGAAAGAUACCGUGGGGAAUCAUAGAAGUUGAAAAUCCAAACCACUGUGAGUUUGCACAGCUGAGAGAUUUCCUGAUCAGGUCCCACCUGCAGGAUUUGAAGGAGGUCACUCACAACAUUCACUACGAGACGUACCGUGCCAAGAGAUUAAACGCCAACGGAGGUCUGCCCCUCAUCACUUCGAACGACACCCAAGAAAGCAACCUGUAGUCAGUCAGUGGCAGAAUGGGUCAAUAUAAAAACAUCGCAAUGAUGCUCAUAUAGGAAUCUGUAAGAUUAAAAUUAUAGGAUUUUUUUUUCACCCCAGCUUUGCUGCAUGAGUGAAAUAACCAUUAUUAGUCUGUAAAACUCUGUUUGCCUCCUUUUCCAUGUCAACCCAUCCAAAGGAUGUUCAUUUUCCCGAUUUCUGGGGUUUUAAUGACAAAUCUGUGAUAUACUUAGGUUAGGAUAAUUGAUCAUUAAAUUACAGAAGUUCCCUCAUUCAGCCUAUUUUCUUAUUUCCAAAAUAAUAAUAAAUGAGGAGAAUACAUUUAGUUUGUAUUUAACAGCGAACAUAUCAAACAGAGCUUGGACAACCACUCCAAAGACACUUUUACUUAGUUUUCCUUCUAGAUUAUCCCUGUUGAUUAUUAAUGGGAAGAUACAGUAUUGUCACCAAUCAGGUGUUGAACUACAACAAUGAGCCAUAAAUGUACAAAGUAUCACCUCUAGUUAAAUGCUCUGCUGCAUGUGAGCCGUAUUACCCAACCCUUUGUUUGAAUCCAUUCUCUCUCAAAUUUCUGCAACAUUAGUCAUUUCUGUUUUAAUUGACCCAUCUCAAAGACACUCGCUGUUUACCUGCCGGUAUGUGUUGUAACAUUUCUUUAGUAUUUUGGUCAAAGAAAGCAACAACAAAAAAGCAUAAUUUUGUGUUACUGUGUGGGAAUUAACUUAUUAGAGAAUAAGGAGUCCAGUAUUCAAGUCUGAAAGUAAUUACCCAUGCAAUCAAUACUUUUUGAGCUUAAAUGUAACAUAUAUUCUAAAAAUUAUAAGUUAUUUAGUGAAAUAGAUUUAAAUAGAAGUUAAAUGUGGCUGCCAUAAAGAUAAUAAACUGAGAUUUGCUAUUGAAUCAGCAAGAGAUCAGAAUUGGCUGAUAUUCCCUUAUUAGUGCUGAUCAUUGACCAGUAAAUACAAUUAUUCAGUUCUUUGUAUUUAAUGCCAUAAAACUAAGACUUUAAUUAUUUUUUUUUUUGGGCCUGUAAUUUGAUGCACUUUCUAAAAAUUCUGCACAGAUGAAAAUGUAAUAAUUUUUUACCAUCACCAAUUCUAAACUGCUGCCACUGUCGGAUAAACUGCAGCACGUUUGCUUCCUAUGUGUUACAGUACAAAGGAAAAAUAAUCAGUAGGUAAAGAAUGCCUGAAUGGGUAAUGAUUAGGAAACGCCUGAAAAAAUUCGAAUCUACUUGAGCCCAGUUUUAUGUUUAUAGAUGAAGCUACAGGACCUCAUGUCAGUUAAACAGUCACCAAGAGUUCAUGGUAAUUGGCUUUAGAAGCCAAGGGUCGACUAAAAUGAAAUGUCCAACAGCAGUUUAAUAAAACUAGAAGCAAAAAGUGAUGAAAGGUGAAAAUUAUGUGUUCUACCGUACACUUUCCUUUACAGGUUUUAAUAAGGAGAAAUAGCACUAUAGUAGGUUUUAUGUGUAUUUGCAUUAAGGGCCAAUCUAAUUUAAAUGUUUUAAAAUUGUGAUCAAGGCCCACCUGAAAUUCCUCUGAGGGCAACACUUAGGACAGCACUGCUGUAGAGCUUUAGAAAUUUGGUUCAUUAUGAGUUUUC